AUGGCCUCCGCCGUGCUCUCCGCCGCCGUGGCCUGCAACUCCGCCGCCGCCCUCCUCAGCCCCUCCCGCCGCUCCUUCCAGGGCCUGAGGCCGCUCAAGGCCACCGACUCCCCCGCCGCCCUCACCGCCCUCUCCAGGAAGGCUGCCCCCUCUGCGGUGCGCCGCCGCUCCCCGGGUGUCCGGGCGGAGCUGAACACCUCCCUGGUGAUCAGCCUCAGUACGGGGCUCUCCCUCUUCCUUGGGCGGUUCGUCUUCUUCAACUUCCAGAGGGAGAACCUGGCCAAGCAGGGCCUGCCGGAGCAGAACGGGAAAACCCACUUCGAGGCCGGCGACAGCCGCGCGCAGGAGUUCGCCGGGCUGCUCAAAUCCAACGAUCCCGUGGGCUUCAACCUCGUGGACGUCCUCGCAUGGGGUUCCAUCGGCCACAUCGUCGCCUACUACAUCCUCGCCACCUCCAGCAACGGCUACGACCCCUCCUUCUUCAACUGA